CUUGGGGCCGCCAUGGGGAGCUGCCAGGCGCGGAGAUUGCGCGUGCAUUUGGGCCUCCUGCUGCCGCCCCUGUGGGCCGCCCUGGCCGCAGCCACCAACCAAGUUGUGAUGCUUGAUACUACAGCUGUGCUCGGAGAGUUAGGAUGGAAAACGUACCCAUUAAAUGGGUGGGAUGCCAUAACUGAAAUGGAUGAACACAAUCGACCCAUCCACACUUACCAGGUAUGUAACGUAAUGGAACCAAACCAAAACAACUGGCUUCGUACAAACUGGAUCUCCCGAGAUGCAGCACAGAAAAUAUAUGUGGAAAUGAAGUUUACCCUGAGGGACUGUAACAGCAUUCCGUGGGUCUUGGGAACUUGCAAAGAAACUUUUAACCUCUUCUACAUGGAAUCAGAUGAGUCCCAUGGAGUUAAAUUCAAGCCAAGUCAAUAUUCUAAAAUUGAUACUAUUGCAGCUGAUGAGAGUUUUACCCAGAUGGACUUGGGUGAUCGCAUCCUUAAACUCAACACUGAAGUCCGUGAGGUGGGGCCCAUAAACAGGAAAGGAUUUUACCUUGCUUUCCAGGACAUUGGAGCAUGCAUUGCUCUGGUCUCUGUCCGCGUUUUCUACAAAAAGUGCCCUUUCACUGUUCGUAACUUGGCUAUGUUUCCUGAUACUAUUCCAAGGGUUGAUUCUUCCUCUUUGGUGGAAGUGCGGGGUUCCUGCGUGAAGAGUGCAGAAGAACGGGACACUCCAAAACUCUAUUGUGGAGCCGAUGGAGAUUGGCUAGUCCCUCUUGGAAGGUGUAUCUGCAGUGUGGGAUUUGAGGAAGUGGAAGGUUCCUGUCAUGCUUGCAGACCAGGAUUCUAUAAAGCAUUUGCUGGGAACAUAAAGUGUUCCAAGUGUCCUCCACACAGUGUAACCUACAUAGAAGCAACUUCUGUGUGUCAGUGUGAAAAGGGUUACUUCCGAGCUGAAAAAGACCCACCUUCUAUGGCAUGUACCAGGCCACCUUCAGCUCCAAGAAAUGUGGUUUUUAACAUUAAUGAAACGGCUCUUAUUUUGGAAUGGAGCCCACCCAGUGACACAGGAGGAAGAAAAGAUCUCACUUACAGUGUAAUCUGUAAAAAAUGUGGAUUAGACACAAGUCAGUGUGAGGUCUGUGGAGGAGGGAUCCGUUUCAUCCCAAGGCAUACUGGCCUCACCAACUCCUCUGUGACUGUUCUUGAUUUUGUGUCUCACGUGAACUACACCUUCGAAAUUGAAGCCAUGAAUGGAGUAUCCGAAUUAAGUUUUUCUCCGAAGCCAUUCACAGCUAUCACGGUGACUACAGAUCAAGAUGCACCUACCUUCAAAGAAAUCAAAGACCUCUACAGAUUUUAUCAACUUUACCCUCUCAGCAGUCCAGGUUGGCAAAUAGGAGCACCCUCCUUGAUAGGUAUGGUAAGGAAGGACUGGGCCUCCCAAAAUAGCAUUGCUCUCUCAUGGCAAGAGCCUGACUUUACCAAUGGAGCCAUCCUGGACUACGAGAUCAAGUACUAUGAGAAAGUCUACCCACGGAUAGCGCCGGCAUUUUGGCACUACCUGCGGGUAGAAGAGCAUGAACAGCUCAGCUAUUCUUCCACAAGAUCCAAGGCCCCCAGUGUUAUUAUUACUGGUCUCAAGCCAGCCACUAAAUAUAUAUUUCACAUCCGCGUGAGGACAGCAGCAGGAUACAGUGGCUACAGCCAGAAGUUUGAAUUUGAAACAGGAGAUGAAACUUCUGAUAUAGCAGCAGAACAGGGGCAGAUUCUGGUAAUAGCUACUGCUGCAGUGGGUGGUUUCACUCUCUUGGUCAUCCUCACUUUGUUCUUCUUAAUCACCGGGAGGUGCCAAUGGUACAUAAAGGCCAAAAUGAAGUCUGAAGAGAAAAGAAGAAAUAAUUUACAAAAUGGACAUUUACAUGUCCCAGGAACCAAAACUUACAUUGAUCCAGACACAUAUGAAGACCCAACUCUUGCAGUCCAUGAAUUUGCUAAGGAGAUAGAUCCUUCAAGGAUUCGUAUUGAGAGAGUCAUUGGGGCAGGUGAAUUUGGAGAAGUUUGCAGCGGGCGUUUGAAGACCCCAGGGAAAAGGGAAAUUCCAGUGGCCAUCAAAACUUUAAAAGGUGGUCAUGUGGACAGACAACGAAAAGAUUUUCUGAGAGAAGCUAGUAUCAUGGGACAGUUUGACCAUCCUAACAUUAUUCGCCUCGAAGGAGUUGUCACAAAAAGAUCGUUCCCGUCCAUUGGGGUGGAGACGCUCUGCCCCAGCUUCCUGAGGGCAGGAUUUUUAAAUAGCAUCCCAGCCCCGCAUCCUGUGUCAGCGGGAGGAUCUCUGCCCACUAGGAUUCCGGCUGGCAAACCAGUUAUGAUUGUGGUGGAAUACAUGGAAAAUGGAUCCUUGGACUCAUUCCUGCGGAAGCAUGAUGGCCACUUCACAGUUAUUCAGCUGGUUGGGAUGCUUCGAGGAAUUGCAUCAGGCAUGAAGUACCUCUCUGAUAUGGGUUACGUACAUCGAGACUUAGCUGCCCGGAAUAUACUGGUUAACAGCAAUUUAGUGUGCAAAGUCUCUGAUUUUGGUCUCUCCCGAGUGCUGGAAGAUGAUCCUGAAGCUGCUUAUACAACAACUGGUGGAAAAAUCCCCAUAAGGUGGACCGCACCAGAAGCUAUUUCGUAUAGGAAGUUCUCCUCGGCAAGCGAUGCCUGGAGCUAUGGAAUUGUUAUGUGGGAGGUGAUGUCCUAUGGAGAAAGACCAUAUUGGGAGAUGUCCAACCAAGAUGUUAUCCUAUCCAUUGAGGAAGGUUACAGACUGCCAGCACCCAUGGGUUGCCCAGCCUCUCUCCACCAACUAAUGCUCCACUGCUGGCAGAAAGAGAGAAACCACCGGCCAAAAUUCACCGAUAUCGUCAGCUUCUUAGACAAACUGAUCCGCAAUCCCAGUACCCUUCAUACUCUGGUGGAGGACAUACUUGUAAUACCAGAUUCACCUGGUGAAGUUCCUGAUUAUCCUUUGUUUGUAUCAGUCGGCGAUUGGUUGGAUUCAAUAAAAAUGGGCCAAUAUAAGAAUAACUUCAUGGCAGCAGGGUUCACAACUUUGGAUUUGAUUUCCAGAAUGAGCAUUGAUGAUAUUAGAAGAAUUGGUGUUGUACUCAUUGGACACCAGAGACGGAUAGUGAGCAGUAUACAGACUUUACGUUUACACAUGAUGCACAUACAGGAGAAAGGAUUUCAUGUAUGAAAGCACUAGGAACAAAUGUGUUUUGUGCCUCAGCAUUUCUCAAAUGGAAAACAUUUUCUCCCUCUCUUUCUUAUGAUUCUCCCAACUUCACAAACUGCAGUCUCCUGUUCAGACUGUGAAUGCACAUUUUAUGUCGCUGCUUCCAACCUGGAUUUUCUAAUCAUACUGCGUAGCUCCUCCCUCAAAUCCUUGCCAGAAACACCUUGGCCCUCUGCAAGACUGUCGCUACUCACUGGUGAAAUAACUCAGCAUGGAUGUGUAACUUCAUUUAGGAGUAUUUGGGAAAUGUUCAUGGACUUCAAUGAAAGUAAUAGCCUAUUUGCCCAGGCGUGGCUUCCUUAUUGAUGUAUUUAGAGUUUGAUGGUAGAUCAAAGAAGUAGUUGACUUUUUUUUUCAUGUUUUGUGGUCAUGUAGUUUCCGCUUUGACAUAAAUAUUUACUUUAGAGUUAACUAAAACCAAGGAAUGGGUCCUGUUAUUACCUUAUUAUGUAGUUUAACUGCAGGUAAUCUGGUGCCUGAUGAUGUUAGAAUUCUUUGUAGAAAUGACCAAUGAUUUCAAGUAGUGAAUUCUUGUUAUGUGUGGCAGUUUAAGGGCUGGGAAGAAAGAAUUAUGGUUUGAAAUUUUCUGAGGCCCCGAGUUUAGCUCUUUUGGCAUCAACACCCUCCAUUCUUAAUCUUUUACAGUUUCCAUUAGUUCAGGAAUUUUUUUCUUAUUACUUUUUAUUAAGUACGUUACUAUACAACAUUGUGAAGCUGAUCUCUGGGAAAGCUGUGAACUUAGGUCAUUUGCAGAUUCCUCGUAGGUAGUGAGAGAGGCUAAGGAAGCAUGUAAUUCAUAUAUUAACUUGCGUUUACUUAGGCUGUGCUUGUCCUCAGAAGCACAGGAAUUAUCAGCGUACCAAGAAAAAGAAUUAGAAUUUUUGUCACUUAUGUGUAAGAUAACAUUCUUAAAAGUUAGAACUUUAAUAAUCGUAUUGCGGUGCAAACAAAUUGAUGCAAAUCUCUAGUAGGCUGGUAGUUAUGUAAUCUGUAAAUCCUAAAGCUUUAAUGUUUUAUCCCCCAAAAAAGUUACAUGGACAUGCUGGGCUAUGUUUUCCCAAGUGUUGCAUGGAACAAGUGUUUUUUUUAAUUUUUGAUUACAUAUCCCAAAAUCGUACAUGCAUAUAAACAUACAUAUAUAUGUUUUCACGUGCGCGCACUCACACACACACACACACACACACAAAAAUUAUAUGUAAACUGGGCACAAGUCUUUGUGCAUAGUAGAGUAAUAGUUAAAAGGAACUUGUAGCUCUCCUUUAUUUUCCUAUAGCAUUUUCUAAACCCUUUUGAACAAGCAUCAAAAGAUAUGUUCAUUUCUCAGUGAACUUAGCUAUGUCUAAUUGGCAAGGUAAGAAUAUUAGUGGGCUAAUUUUAAGUUUAAAAAUAGUGUGUUCCCCGAAACUAGUAAGACUGCAGCUGGGGGAAAAUGGAAAAUCAGAAGAGAAUAUAACAGUCAAGGCCUUGUAACUGGAUUUAUAAAGAACAGCUCUCUUUUUUGGAAUAAGGAACAGAUUUUUGAAAGAUGCUGAUUUAACAAACCAGCUCUGUUUGAUUUUGAGACAAGUGCAUGACCCACUACUCUCAAUUUUUGUACCUAAGUUGCAUUUGUGGUGGUGUUUUUGCAGCUACUGGUGCCACACUUUCUUCACUUUCUUGGAGGAGAAUUGUAAAUAUUAUUUUGCCUUUCUUUAAGACUUUGUUGAUUACAUCAUUAGUCUAGAUUCGUCAACAGCCAUUUCUUUUAUUGAAUCGCCCUUUGCUUUUGCUUACCACAACUUCAUUUUCCUUUCCUCCUAGGGGUGGUUCAAUUAGAAGGGAGAGAUCCUUUACAAGCAGUUCUAACAGUACAGUGAAGACACAGGUGGGCAGUCAAUUGGAUGCGAAGCCCUUGGCUCUAAAGUAGCUCAGCAACAACUGGAAAAAUUAGGGGCAGAUUUGUGCUAACACUUGCAUGCUGGUACACCCCUCAUAGGCUAAAUGCAGGCUGCUUGGUAUAUUUACACACACCUGGAUACAU